AUGACUUCCGUAGCUGAUAUUUUUGAAGAUUAUGUAGAAAGUCUACAAAAUCUGCCUUCAGAGAUCGACCAAAACAUGCACGAAUUACGUAGCAUGGACGAAGAAUUUCAACGGUUUAGGGAGAUUUACACAAAACAUAGACGAUCGUAUGCCAAAAUGUGCAGAGUAGCCAACAACUCCAACGCUUCGUCCACUACAACGAGUCCAGCAACACCUACACCUUCCACGAGUUUAAGCUCUGCUCGCUCUCAACUGGAAAAAGACUACAAAUUAGCUGUACAGAAACAAGAUCAAAAAAUCGAUUUGACAAAGAGAAUGUACGAUUUGGUUACUCGACAUAUUGAGCGCAUCGAUUCUCAGAUGGCCAAGAGCGAUAUCAGUGAUACGGAAUGGAUAGGAGGUGCAGCUAGAAAAAAUCUAACAGAAGACACAAGCUGGAAGCUUGAUCGCAAAAGACCUUCUCCUCAUGGAGCAAUUUCUGUUCGAAAGAGUAGAACACUCCAUUCAUCGAGACCAAAUCCAGCAAUUGAACAGAAUGGAGCUCUUCCAGAGGUAGAUAUAGAUCCAAAUGAACCCAAAUACUGUUACUGUAACCAAGUAUCAUUUGGCGAUAUGGUUGCUUGUGAUGGGGACAAUUGUGAAAAGGAAUGGUUUCAUUAUGCUUGCGUCGGGUUGGCUGAGCCACCUGUUGGAAAAUGGUAUUGCGACGAUUGCUCAGCAGAAGAGGGAUACAAGAAGAAAUUAAAGCGGUUUACUGAAGAGAUGUUUUAA